CACAUCCCACCUCCUCGCACCGUCGCAAUCGCUUCCUCUCACUAUUCUUUUUUACUCAUUUUCCCUCUCUCUUGCACCCACGCCCACUCAUUGCUCCUGCGCGUGAAAUAGCUCCACACCAUGAAGUGGGUCUCCCCCACCAAACUCGGUGGCGCCGGCGCCGGCGGGGAGGCCAAGCCGCUGCUUUUCAAGUCCAAGCUCAAGUGGGUCGGACUGUUUGGUCUUGUCCUCUCCGCUUUCUCUCUCUUCACCCACUUUCUCCUCGCCAGAUACAGCGUUGGUGCUACUGUUUCCGAGUAUAAAUCUUCAAUCACAAUCUUCUCUUGGAGGCCCAUUUUCGAGAAUGCCAAUUCUCCCCCACCUCCUGGAUUGUACAGAAGACUUUGGGCCCCUGUGAAGCAUCUUGAAUCUUUAAAUCCCUAUGCAAAUCCUAGAGCAAACUAUGUAGCUCCUCCUCCACAGACGGAUAGAUUUAUUUUUGUAAGGAUACGAGGGGGUUUUCACGAAAUAAGGAACUCGAUAUGUGAUGUUGUUGUGGUUGCUCGGCUUCUUAAUGCCACCCUAGUGAUUCCCGAGAUUCAAUCCACAACGAGUAGCAAAGGGAUCAGCACAGAGUUCAAGAGUUUUGCCUACCUGUAUAGCGAGGAUCAAUUCAUGACAGCUUUGGUUGGAGAUAUCAGAGUUGUGAAAACACUGCCUAAGGAUCUUAAAGGAGCAAGAAGGAAGAAAGAAAUUCCUUCUUUCAAAGUACCAAGCUCCGCGUCUCCAUAUUUCUAUCUUCAUCAUGUUCUGCCAGUGCUGAAAAAACACGCGGUUGUCGAGCUUGUUGUCCCAGAUGGUGGAUGCUUGCAGGCCUUACUUCCUCCACAGUUAGAAGAGUACCAAAGGCUUAGGUGUCGGGUUGCUUUCCAUGCUCUGAAGUUCAGAGAGGAGGUCCAAGAACUUGCCUCAAGGAUCCUAUACAGAUUAAGAUCUUCAGGCCGACCGUUUAUAGCCUAUGAUCCUGGAAUGACAAGAGAAUCAUUAGCUUAUCAUGGCUGUGCUGAACUCUUUCAGGAUGUGCACACUGAGCUCAUUCAACAUAAACGAGCUUGGAUGAUUAAACGUGGAAUCGUCAAAGGGAACCUCACUGUGGAUUCAGCUGAGCAGCGACUUCGCGGUUUAUGUCCACUUAUGCCUGAGGAAAUUGGUAUUCUUCUUCGUGCUUAUGGCUAUUCGUGGGACACUAUUAUUUACGUUUCUGGUGGAGAGGUCUUUGGUGGGCAGAAGAAGUUGAUUCCCCUUCAUGCUAUGUUCGAGAAUGUUGUAGAUCGGACUUCCUUAAGCAUGGUAUGGGAGUUGGACAAAAUGUAUGGCCGUGAAGCCAACCUUGUCGACAAACCUAAGACUUCACCUCCACUUAAAGUGGAAAAGAAACCCGAUGCUUGGAAAAAUUCUGGUCCUCGUCCCCGUCCACUCCCACCACCCCCAGCAAGAUUCAAAUAUCCUUACAACAUCGAAGGCUGGUGGGGUUGGGUAGCUGAGAGCGACAAUGAGCCAGAGAGUACAGUUAUGGAGCUGAGAACCAAUGCACACAAAUUGCUGUGGGAAGCAAUUGACUACACCAUAUGUGUAGAAGCAGAUGCGUUCGUUCCAGGAUUUGAUCGUGAUGGUCGAGGAAACCCAAAUUUUGCUAGCUUGGUAAUGGGACACAGGCUGUAUCAGGCUGCCUCCUUGAAAACUUUUCGAAUAGACAGGAAAGUGAUGGCGAAAGGUUUAGAUGAGAUACGUGACCACCUUUAUCAAAUCAACGGGACGUGGAUAGCAUCUGUACGCAGGCAUCUGAGAAGGAACAUAGUUGAUGGACUAACAGAGGAACUCACUAGAUCGAAACCAUUGUCUUUUCUGUCUUUCCCUGUCGCAGAGUGCUCUUGCUCGGGGGGUAGCCAAACUGGUGCAGUUCCGGCUAAUUCCUCGACCCCUCUAAGCCAACCACCCCUGCGCAAAGUGUUAGCUUCUAUAGCGAAGUGCCCGUCCUGGAUGGACAGGAAUGCCACUUCAAAUCCAAGGGACAAGGAAAGUGAUGAGGGGGAUGAUGUCUAUGAAGAUGACCCGGACUCGCCAGAUGCUGCAGUUCUCUUCCGCCAAGUUGGUGACAGCAACGAGGGCAGUGGAGUAGAGAUGAGCAACAAAGAAGAAACACAAAUGGAUGAUCAAGAAGAGCUUGAAGGUGGGGAAAGGUAACUGAGAUGAUCUGGUUGAUCGUUUGUACAGAUGCUUUCGUAUGGUAUGGACACCACCCGAUUGAGGCUACAGGAUAGGAUUUUCUGGGACCAACGUGUGAGGACUGAGAUGCCUGCUUGUUGACAUGGCUCAAAGGCCAUGUUCGUGUUUGUGUUCGUGUCCGAGUUGGUGCAGAGAGAUUGGUGGUUGGAGGCAGUUUGAUGGGCGUCGCGAGAUGGUGCAAGAAGAAGCAGGACUAACUGAGAUUGGGAUUUUUUUGUAAUAGUAGUGUAAUACAAACUCAUGUAUCAAUUUUGAUGGCAAGUGACCUUAUAAUAGACUCAUCUUAAUCUUAAUUAACUCUUCUCCUAUUUCUCUGCAGGAGGAGUUCUGUUUUUCAA